AUGGCCGCCCUGCAAAAGUCCAUGAGCUCCUCCGUCCUGGGGACGCUGGCCACCGGCUGCCUCCUCCUCCUCGUUGCCUUGUGGGUGCAGGGAACGGCCGCGGCACCCGUGGGUUCACACUGCAGCCUGGACAGGUCCAACUUCCAGCAGCCGUACAUCACCAACCGUACCUUCAUGCUGGCACAGGAGGCCAGCCUGGCUGACAACAACACCGAUGUCCGCCUCAUUGGGGACAAGCUGUUCCACGGAGUCAACGAGAGCGAGCACUGCUACCUGAUGAAGCAGGUGCUGAACUUCACGCUGGAGGAGGUGCUGCUGCCCCAGGCCCACCGGUUCCAGCCGCACAUGCAGGAGGUGCUGCCCUUCCUGGCCCGGCUCGGCGGCCAGCUGGGCCUCUGCCACCUCGAGGGCGACGACCAGCACAUCCAGAGGAACGUGCAGAAGCUGAAGGACACCGUGCGGCAGCUCGGAGAGGGUGGAGAGAUCAAGGCCAUCGGGGAGCUGGACCUUCUGUUCAUGCACCUGAUGAAUGCCUGCGCCUGA